AUGUUUGUGAGUGCACGGUUGAGGGGCUUGAGUGCUGGGUGGAAGGUACAAACGCGUUCCACAACCGGUUCCCCGUCAAAUCCACGGCCUUUCGAGGAGAUUCCCGGGCCCAAAUCACUACCACUCAUUGGAACACUGCACAGAUAUCUUCCGCUCAUCGGGGAUUAUAGUUUCAAGAAAUUACACAAAACCGGAGCGAAAAAGCUCUCGGAAUAUGGCCCACUGGUGCGAGAAGAAAUCGUCCCAGGUGUGCACAUGGUUUUGGUAUUUAAACCCGAUGAUAUUGCGGAGGUGUUCAAGAGCGAGGUGGGGAGAUAUCCGGAGCGCCGGAGUCAUCUGGCACUGAUGAAGUACAGGAGUGAUAGGAAGGAUCUUUAUAACUCUGGGGGAUUACUACCAACAAAAGGCGAACAAUGGUGGAAACUACGAAAAGAAUUCCAGAAAGACCUGAGUAAACCCCAAAACAUAGUGAAUUACAUAGAAGAAAUCGAUAAAGUGAUGAGAAAAUUCAUAAGCGUGUGUGGACCAGGAUUCCACAGGGAUCUGAUGUCUCUCCUCUCUCGCUUAUACCUCGAACUGACUUGCUUAGUCGUCUUCGACGAGCCCUUGGAUGUGUUCUCUGAGGCACAAAUGACGAGUGAUUCGACAAGUUCGAAAUUGAUCAAGGCAGCCUUUGACGCCAACGAUUUAAUUCUAACGCUGGAUCAUUCUCGUCUCUGGAAAUAUUUUGAAACACCCAAGUACAAAAAAUUCUGUGGGAAUCUGGAGAUCAUGCAGGAGGUGGCUAUUGACAUGGUAACCCGAAAGGCGAAGAGAAUGAAGGAGAGCAUUGGAAAUAAAAAAUCAUCGAUUUUGGAGAACUACCUCAGCAACAGAAACGUUGAUCUGAAGGACGUCGUGGGGGUAGCUUGUGACAUGCUCUUAGCAGGGAUAGACACGACAGCAUACAGCACCGCCUAUGCCCUGUACCACGUUUCAAGGAAUAAUAAAGUGCAGGAGAAACUCCGGGAGGAAGUAAGGAAACUUCUUCCGGAGUCUGACAGUCCUAUAACGGCGGCAACACUGAGAGACGCGACUUACGUGAAGGCUGUAAUUAAGGAGACUUUCAGGUUGAAUCCAAUUUCUAUUGGUGUCGGACGAAUUCUCCUGUCUGACGUUGUUCUCAGUGGAUAUCGGGUGCCCAAGGGGACCAAUGUUGUUACUCAGAAUCAAGUAGCCUGCCGAUUACCCGAGUAUUUCCCCGAUCCUGACUCAUUCAAACCCGAGAGAUGGUUCAGAGAAAAUCCAGAGUCAAAAAAUGUACAUCCGUAUCUAGUGCUGCCAUUUGGCCAUGGCCCAAGAGCCUGCAUUGCGAGGAGAUUGGCUGAACAAAAUCUACAGAUGUUUCUACUUAGAAUCUGCAGAGCGUACAGCUUGGAAUGGAGAGGUGGAGUUCUAGAUUGUCUGUCAGUGCCUCUGAAUACACCAGACGGGCCAAUUGCUGUGGAAUUGACACCUAUCGAUGAUUGAAAGGAGGGAUUUAAUUAAUAAAAUAAUUCUAACUGCUCUA